GACACCCGGAAGUCUCCGCCUAACGGGUCGAGCCCGCGCCUCCUGUCCUGGAAGGGGGCGGGGCCCGAAGCCCCUCAGCGCGGCGCCAUAGAGCGUGGACGGAGGACCCGUGUCCUAGACGCGUCCGGAAGUGGCUCCCUGAGGCGCCCGCUCCGCACCAUAGAGCUGGGGGGGCGGCGGCGAGGGGGUCGCCGGGCUCGCCUUCCUAGAGCGGCGAGGACAGGGUGCAGGCCGGAGGGGGGGUAGGAAGGGGAGGGGGGAGCGGCGCGGGCGGAAGCGGCCAGGAAGGUCACUUCCGGCCUGGGCGCCCGUCCCCCUGACCCCAGGGUCUGAGUCGCCGCUGCCGCCGCUGCCACCAUCCGCGAGGGAGGAGAGAGGAGGAGGAGUGCGGCGCGGCGGCCCCGGGACCGAGGAGGGUUCCUUCGCUCUGGAGUGAGAGCUUCAUCUGUGCUUCAUCUCGUGGAAGCUUCAUGGCACAUCUGCAGGUGCUGUUGUCGUCCUCCAUCUUACUGGAGAGGAAACUGAGGCACGGAGGGACCCAGACAUGGAGCUUCGGGAAGAGGCCUGGUCUCCGGGGCCGCUGGAUUCCGAGGACCAGCAGAUGGCCAGUCAUGAGAAUCCAGUGGACAUUCUCAUCAUGGAUGACGACGACGUCCCCAGCUGGCCCCCGACCAAGCUGUCCCCACCCCAGUCGGCGCCCCCGGCCGGCCCCCCGCCCCGACCGCGGCCGCCUGCCCCCUACAUCUGCAACGAGUGCGGCAAGAGCUUCAGCCACUGGUCCAAGCUGACGCGGCACCAGCGCACGCACACGGGCGAGCGGCCCAACGCCUGCAGCGACUGCGGCAAGACCUUCUCGCAGAGCUCGCACCUGGUGCAGCACCGGCGCAUCCACACGGGCGAGAAGCCCUACGCGUGCUCCGAGUGCGGCAAGCGCUUCAGCUGGAGCUCCAACCUCAUGCAGCACCAGCGCAUCCACACGGGCGAGAAGCCCUACGCCUGCCCCGACUGCGGCCGCAGCUUCACGCAGAGCAAGAGCCUGGCCAAGCACCGGCGCUCGCACAGCGGCCUCAAGCCCUUCGUGUGCCCGCGCUGCGGCCGCGGCUUCAGCCAGCCCAAGAGCCUGGCGCGCCACCUGCGGCUGCACCCUGAGCUGUCGGGGCCCGGCGUGGCGGCCAAGGUGCUGGCGGCCAGCGUGCGCCGGGCCAAGGCGCCCGAGGAGGCGGCGGCGGCGGACGGCGAGAUCGCCAUCCCGGUGGGCGACGGCGAGGGCAUCAUCGUGGUGGGCGCUCCGGGCGAGGGGGCCGCGGCGGCCGCAGCAGUGACGGGCGCGGGGGCCAAGGCGCCGGGGCCCCGCUCGCGGCGCGCGCCGGCCCCCAAGCCGUACGUGUGCGUGGAGUGUGGGAAGGGCUUCGGGCACGGGGCCGGGCUCCUGGCCCACCAGCGCGCCCAGCACGGGGACGGGCUCGGGGCGGCGGGGGCCGAGGAGCCGGCGCACAUCUGUGUGGAGUGCGGCGAGGGCUUCGUGCAGGGCGCUGCGCUGCGGAGACACAAGAAGGUCCACGCCGUGGGCGCACCUUCGGUCUGCAGCGGCUGCGGACAGAGCUACUACCGGGCCGGCGGGGAGGACGAGGACGACGACGAGGCGGGUGGCCGGUGCAGCGAGUGCCGCGGCGGGGAGGGCCGGUAGGGGCGGGGGCCCGGGGGGGCAGGGCCCCUCGGGCUUGGCGGGGACGACGGCAGGACCCAGAGACCCGGGGAGACACGGACGGGGGGUGCCGCGGGCCGGCGGCGGCGUGCGGGCUCCUUCCCUUCCCCGGGGCGCGCGGUCCGCGGGGCCGGGUGGGCCUGGGGAGGGGCGCCGCGCAGCUCCCUUGGCGCCCAGGCCACGCCCGCCCGCGUCCCGGCCCCGCCCUGCGCUUGGCCUGCCCCUUGUAGGUUCUCGGCCGAGCCCGAGAUAGACAAUGUGUGACAACUAGAGACCAAGACACGACAAAACCCACGAGCGAAAGCCCACUUGUCCUCUUUCUCUUCCCCCACCGGCUGGGGGAGUUGCAAGGAUGGAGCGAAAUCGGGCCCUUUCCAUUUAGAGGGGCCCCAGGGAGGGAAGGGAAAGAGGGGUCCCUUCCUCUUUUAGAGUUUUCUUUUAAUCCUACCCGCCCCCUGACCCCUCCCACCCAUUAUGUUUUCUCUUCCCCGCGAGUCCCUUCGUUUCUCUUCGCCCAAGCCCUUCCUCCUCCUCCUGGAUCUGGGGUAGGGGAGCAGUGAUGGAGCAGAACUCGCCCCUGUUACAGGCGUACCCCGCAGAGAAUGGGGUGCCCGCCUCUAUUUGCUGGCCUGGGCGUGGUAGAAGGAGGGGUGCCGGGGGCAAUAAAUGGCACUAUCCGAUUGUC